GACGCAGUGCAUGUCCAGGCGUUUCAUUCGUUCUUUCCGUUGUUCCAUGCUGUAGAGCUCGAGGGUAUCCUGCUGCAGCCGUUCGAGAUCUUCGACUUGUGCUACCGCUGUCCCAGCUGCCACCGCAGUUUCAAACGGAAGAACAGCCUCAGCCGGCACCUGCUGUACGCGUGCGGGCAGAAUCCGCGCUUCGAGUGUCCCUACUGCAGUCACCGGUGCAAGCUGCGCAGCGACGUUUACAGGCACGUCCGUGCCAAUCACAAGAGACACGAGGUGCUGGCCGUCGACGUGGUCAAACGCUGCGUCAAGAAACCCUGCGUUACUGCUUCUGUGUUCGCAGGCAUCUAUCUCGUCCCGGGCUUGCAGGAGAAACUGCGUAACUACGGCACGCAUAAAAAGUUCCCUUGUCCGAACUGCUCGAGAAUCUUCGUUUGGAAGUGCACCCUGAAGAGACAUUUGCGCAACGAGUGCGGCAAGGAGCCGCGUUUCAAGUGCCCGCAUUGCGAUUAUCGCGGCAAGUGGAAGGCCAACAUUAGCAGGCACAUCAAGCGAAUGCAUAAGAAUUGCAGCAUCUACGUCCUGACCACCAACUGAACGAUCUCCCGAUUUUCCCCUAGCACGAUCCUUUGUGUCUUAAGUCUCAGGAUUUGUGACCGGAACAACUGUCGUACCGCUUGGCAAUCGUGUGCGGGCAAGUUUGAGUGAAGUGAUUUUAUUUUGUAACGAUGCAUCCCCCCGGCCGACCGACCAUCCGUCGGACCGCUAACGGCGCUUACACAAAAGCCUGCACACGUGACUCGCGUGUGUACCCACGCUAGCAACAAACCGUUAUUGUUGUAAACAACGGCGUGCCAAAGAACCACGGCGGAAGCGGUAUAUAAACCUGCUCCGCCGUGGAAAAGAGGCCGAUUCCGCCGGAUCGAGAGAUCGCAGGCUGCUCCCGAUCCCCAGGUCGAGGAACCGCGACGGUGUGUGCGCAACUGACAACCUUCCGGCAAGACCGAGGUCGUGUUUACGCGGUCUCUCCCGUGGAAGUCGCGGGCGCCAACUACCUUUACGGGACGGUGAGUUCGCCGUCUCGCUCGUGGCGCGGACCUGGAGAUAGGGACGAGCAGGGGUGGUGUGUUCGCCGAGAUUUCUCGACCUCGCCCGCUCUACUCCCGUCAUCGGGCAUUGCGUCUCCGGGGCCAGCGAACGCCCCAUGGGCAGACCUCGGGAUAUCCCUGCGACCGACCGCGUAGAUACCGAGCGUAUCGUGAAACCGCGACCCGCGAGUGCAUCCCGUCAUUUGCACACGAAUUAAAGCCACAGGGCAACAACGCGCCCGCUUUCCGCCGCUGCGCUAGGCACCGCGACCAGCGUGUACAUCCUAUAUAUAUAUAGAUAUACACGACGGCGGCUAUUUCGCGAACGCCGAAACAUCGAACGCCGAGCUCCGUAAAACGCGAUACCGGGAAACGCAAGACAACACGUCGAAACUGUCAUCGAAUAUUUACUUUCUCGAAGAUGGAUUUAAAGUUCCGUUCGCACGACCAUCUGUACCGAACAACGUACUAAUAAACAGCGAUUAUUAAACCACACUGCUGAACUCGCUCACUCACUUCCACAAACACACACACACACACACGAAAGCACGCCUGGAGAUCCGGCGAGCUACACCGGGAUCACCGCUCCGCCGUGAUGACCGAGCACGGUCAACCGUUACUACUCCGCACCGAUCCGAGGCUGAUCCGAACAGCCAAAAACCGACCGGCAGGAUCCGGCUCACAAUCUGAGACCGCUGAUUACGUUAAAGAACAAAAAAAACUACAUUUAAGACCAUUGUUAUGUGCUUUAAAUUACGAUUGUAUUUAGAGAGAAAGAUAUUUUCUCAAUGAAUGUUCUUUUUUUGGACACGCGUAAUGGCGACGAAAAGUACGAAUUGGACGAUAUGGACGGGUGUUUCUUCGAUUUUCGAUUUUACUGCAAUGUUUCAGCGACAAUUCAUUUUGGAAGCAUUAAAAAUAAACAGUGAUGCGAAGAAGAACGAGGUGGCAAGUUGGUGUUUUCCCGAGGAGACUUCGGCGGUUUAAAAUUAGGAAAUCGCGAAAGAUUAACGGGGGCAACAAAGACCGCGCGCGGGCUCGAGAUACGAAGACUGGUACAGAUCUUCCUUCCCGUCACGUCUGCAGCUAAGGCUGCGUCCUAGCUUCUGCAUGCUAGUUGUUCAGGACAUCGAUCAGUAUAUGCUCCGCGAGUAUCUUUCCGAGCGGUCUAGUGUGUAUCUGGCCAGGGUUUCUUUCUGGUAAACACACCGAGAACUCUAGCCUGUUUGCGUAGAACUUUGGAAAAAAUGGGGGACCAGAAGUCACUACAAAAUGCAUUUCUCGAAAUGUAAGGAUCGACCUUAUUUUUUUGGCGGCAGGAAGUGGUUUCUUUUUCAUCAGGAAAUCGAAAACGAGGUUUUUUGUCACUCACGGAGACUCACGUGUCACAUCAAUUAUUCUUCUUUCUCAUCUCGGUAUGUUCAGACGAUAUUCUGAGAUGAGAAUGCCUCGUAUGAUCUCUUUCGUCUAACGAAUUGCAAACUAUUUCGCUCACAGAGAUACUCUUGUUCCUUUCAGACUUCCUCGUGAG